AUGUUUCCUAAGGCAAUCAUACAAAAUGUUGUAUCUACGGCACAACUACUUGAUAAAAAUAAUAAAUUCGAUCUAUAUACAAUUGAAACUAUUAUUAAAAAUUCAAAAUAUUCUCCAGAACGUUUCUCAGCACUUAUAAUUAAAGUUGAACAACCCAUUAGGUCUACUGCUCUGGUAUUUUCUAACGGAAAGAUUGUAUGUGUUGGAACAAAAUCGGUUAAUGAAUCAGAAAUUGGUAUUAGGAAUUUUGUUCACCUCUUAUCCUCUGCAUGUGACUUAGCAAUAAAUAUGCGGGCUUUUAAAAUACAAAAUAUUGUAUCUUCAUUUGAAUUUCCCGGUCAUCUUAACUUACCAGGUUGUUUAAUUUAUAACUAUUUAUUAUUUUUAGUUUUGUAUGAUACGAUGCGAAUUGCUCCACCAAAAUGGUUAGCUCGAUAUAUUUCUUACUACCCAGAAUUUUUCCCGGGAAUGUGCCUAAGGAUGAAUGAUUCACGUUCAGUUGUCAUAGUUUUUACAACAGGAAAAUGUAUAAUUACAGGCGCAAAGACAGAGAAAGAAGUUUAUUAUGUUCAAAAUAAAGUUUACAAUUCAAUUUUAAUGUUUUUAAAAAAUUAA